CUGGGACUGGCUCUUAUCCCAUCUUAACUACCGUCUGAUCCCACUCUUUUUCUCUCCUAAGAAUAAUAUCUCCUACCCAUCAAACUUCUCCCCCCUGAUCGGCCAGGCCUUCUUUUGCCUCUUUUGCCUCAGCGCGACUACUGCAACAUGAAUUUGGGUCUUGUGUGACCCUGAUGAAGCUUUCAUAGACUUCAUCCUUAGGCAUCUCUAUUUCCCUUCUCAUUCAUUCGCUCAUCGCUUGGAUUCACCCAGUUUGAUUGAUUGCGAUCGGGCUGAAGAGGCUGGACACGGGCGUUCUCUCCACCCUUUUAAUUCCCCAUCUCCCCGGAUCGCCCUCGUUGCUUGAGCCGACCUUAAUCAAUCCUUAACCCGAGAAUAAACCUGAAUCUACCUCCCUACUUCCCCUUCCCUUAUCUAUCGCUCCCUCACUCCUCCCAAUGGAUUCUGCCGGGGAAACCGCCCUUAAGGGCCACUCCGCGCGAGGCUGGAAGGCCUGGACUACCAAGAAGAAGCUCAUCGUGGUUGGUUCGAUCAUCGGUGCGAUCGUGGUGAUUGCUGUUGCGCUGGGUGUGGGCCUCGGAGUUGGGUUGAACAACGGCGGUGGCGGCGGUGGUGAAGAAGAGCCCUCACCCCCAACCAACACCACAGGCAACUACACGACCGCCAAAUGGCAGCCGGCCGUGGGCACGAGCUGGCAGAUUGAGCUGCUGUACACGCUCAACGACACCUCCGUCGACGUAGAAGUUUACGACAUUGAUCUCUUCAACAACAACCAAUCCAUCAUCAACGAACUGCACGAUGCGGGCCGCAAGGUCAUCUGCUAUUUCUCGGCCGGCAGCUACGAGAACUGGCGCCCGGACAAGGACAAGUUCAAGUCUGCAGACCUGGGCAAGGACCUCGAUGGCUGGCCCGGGGAGAAGUGGCUCAACAUCAGUUCGCCCAAUGUGCGCAAGAUCAUGCAAUCCCGCCUGGACAUGGCGCAGACCAAGAGCUGCGAUGGCGUUGACCCCGACAAUGUCGAUGGCUAUGACAACAAGAACGGCCUGGGUUUGACGGAAGCGGAUUCAAUCGACUUCGUCAACUGGAUGGCCAACGAGGCGCAUGCCCGGAACAUGUCCAUCGGGUUGAAGAACGCAGGAGCCAUCAUCCCGUCCGUCAUCAAGAACAUGCAGUGGAGCGUCAACGAGCAGUGCGCCGAGUAUGAGGAGUGCGACACCUAUGCCGCCUUCACUCAAGCGGGCAAGCCGGUGUUCCACAUCGAGUACCCCAAGGGAGACGAUACCAACAACAACAACGAUGUCACCGCCAGCCAGAAGAACAAUGCCUGCGAUUUUAACGGGUCUGGCAACUUCUCGACCGUCAUCAAGAACAUGGAUCUAGAUAACUGGAUCCAGACCUGCUGAUCGAGAUCGGCUGGUUCGGAGGAUAAAGACAGGUUGCUGCGGUUGUCUCGGGAAUGAACGAUGGUAUUUUGAUCUUGCACUGAGCAUGGGCGCCAGGGAGUUUGGAAAAACGCAUUGUCAGCAUAAAUCACGGGACACAUCUUGUAUUGUAGUUCUUUUCGCUUGCUAUAGCACAGCUAGCCAAUCAUGUAAUCUGACGUUUGGAUACCAACGGUCAUCUGUUCCGAGUUGACCAGUCUGCGAAUGCUUGCUUCCUUUCAGGUCACAAGGGAUUUGGAUUUUUGAUGGAGAAUUCGCAGCGCAACCAAGAGCAAAGCGCAUGCCUCAGUUCUAUUCCCUAUCAUACGGUCCCCAUUCAAAGCAGUGUCAAUUGCGAUGGAGAGGCAUCCUCAGACAGCAUGUCUCAGACAGACUUUAUCCAUCACAGAUCAUCCCCUCCGAAUGACCAUA